AUGGUAUUCGGCUUUAUACGUCACAUUUUUGCAAAUAACAAGAAAGUACUAUUUAUGAUAGCUGUGUAUGUCCUUACAAUUUUAAUAUACCGUGAUUUGAAACGACAGAAGAGAGAAAAGAAGAUUCUUAAUAAAAAGCUUCAACUAAUUAGAAAAAUAAAGGUUAUUUUGUAGGAAUUAAUGGUGGAAGCUAAUUUCUCAUUAAAUGUAGCAUUUCUGAAGUAUAAAGAUAAAUAGCUUAAAAAUAGUGAAUAAAAGAAAUAAUAAUAGAUUGAGGAGUUUAAAGGAGAGUUACUUGAAUACUGGUUGAAUAAAAGAGGGGUUUAGAAUUAUGAUUUUGAGUAAAUUGUCCAAGAUCAAAAUGAGUUGAAAAGCAUUUAUGAGAGCAUCAUGAAGUAGUUUGAAAGCUAUAAAGAUAGAAAGCCAGAAUAGAUUGACAUAUACAUUAGCAAAUUUAAUACAGCGAGUAUGAAAACUAUAUACAAGAAAUAUCUUGGUUACUUGAGAUAUCUAACUUAUCACCAUACAAAGGAUACUUAUGAUUACACUAAGAGAUUCACUAUACAUUAUGAUAUAUUGACCAAUGAGGCACAUUUAAAGGAAAUAUUUGCUCUUUAUGUGAUGAGCUUUGAUCACAUGAAUCCUAGUUUUCAAAAGGAUAUAGAAGGAGCGUAUUUCAGGGAAUUCAAGAAGGGCUAUUAUUAGCUAAUGUUUGAAAAAUCAUGGAUAGAGGAUAUCUUUGAGAUUGAAAGCCAGCAUCUAUAGAGCUUGUCAAUGAUUCUCAGAUUUUCACAUAAGAUAAAGAAUAUUACAAAUGAUAGCUAUAUGAGUGAGAAUACUAUUGAAUUAAAGAACUAAGAUUACGGUGUCAGGUAUGACUUGCCUGUAGAAAUAGGAUAGAUUAUAUCUUAACAAACUAAAGAUUAUAUUAAGAAUCAUUACAUCUUAAUGAUGAGCUCCGUUUUAUCACAAAGUCCCAAAUAAAUUUGUUAUAUGCAAGCAUUCAAUAUCAAUUCCAACCUGAAUAAACUUAGAAUCAUUCGUGAUAGAAUAAAUUUGAACGGCAAUGAGUCUAAGCUUAAUAAUAGCUAAAAUUCAUUCGAUACCAUUGGAGGUCAUAGCGCUUCAGCUAAAAGUAAUACCCAUAGAGCCAAGAGAAACUCAAACUUUGUUCCUCUUGUUGAUAAGUUAAAAGUAGGAAUUUCACAGAGUUACCAAUAAUAGAUUCAAGGUAUGUAGUAAUAGUAAUUUCAUCAGUAGCACUCUCCAAUUAAAUCUUCUCCAGGAGGAAACGCAAGUAGUAAUGAAAAAUCAACUUCCUAAUUCAACCUAUAACUAGAAAAUACAAGUCUAAUAUAAAGUGAAAAUUUUUAGAGCUUAAUGAGUUCGUUCAAGAAUCAAAUAAAAACUAAAUAAGAAUAAUCAUUGCUAAGGGAACCUGAAAUAGAAGAACAAAAGUAAUCCUAACUUUGA